CGAAAUUUGGUGGUUGGGUAAUCCUUGAGGGAUAAUCUAGGUUUUCAUUACUUUAAUCUUCAUUUUGAUCUAAAAACGACCUCGGAUAAAACUAGUGAUAUAAACACAGACACAAUGAAAAGUAAAUGGAAGAGCUUUCUACAACUCCAAGACAAACAAUACCAUGUCUUUGCCAGUUAUAGUGAAGAUGAUAGUGGAUUGGUGAACGGCUUGUUACAGCCCUUCGAGAAUAACAAUUGUUUGUUCUACAACCCUGAUCGAGAUGGGUUACCAGGACAACCAAUCAUGCGCGGUCUUAUCGAACAAGGAAUAGAACAGUCCAAGAUUACCAUGCUUUUUAUCACAAAGAAUUUUCUGUCUGAUGAGUUGUGUAUGUUUAUGGCCAAUCUUGCUAUUUGGAAGUACAUGAAAACGAAAGGAAUCCAUCGAGUGUUACCAAUCAUCCUUCAGCCAUGUAAAAUACCCAGAUAUCUUAAGGUUUUAAACUGCAUCUAUGUCUGGAAAUACGCACCUUGCAGAUCAAGUCAUAUGAUGUACCAGACGCAAGCCAUUGCUCGACUUACGAAAGCCAUGCUAGAACCACCACCAAAAUUUAGACGAAUAAGAUGGAAUGGAAUAAAAACACUUACGUGGACGCGUAAUAUUGUCGAAAAAGUAAAGAAAUCGGCAUUGAAAGAAAAAGCUUCAAAUCAGUUAAAACACAACAUCAAUCCAUUUCAACUAUGGCGAUUAACGGGUGUAUUAAAACAUUGCUUUCUAAACUGCCGGUACGGCCAUUGUUCGUUUGCUUGCAGUGGAAGAGAAUUCACCAGAUUUAUAAGCCAUGCAGACAUAUGCAGAUAUAGACCAAUUAAGUGUCCAAACAAAAAUUGUCAGACGUUUCAUCCCAAAUGGUGUGUCGAUAAACAUGUCGAUGAAUGUCUUCACACCUGGAUAACUUGUCCAUCAGUUGGAUGUGGAGAGAAAAUCAGAAGAUAUCAAAUAGAACAACACUUGUUAAAAUGUAAACACCGUUCCAUUAUUUGCCCAAACCACCAUUUUGGAUGUGACCAACGACUUACAGGAGAGAACGCUUCCAAACAUUCAGAGAACUGUUCAUUUGCUUUCAUUCUUUGCAAUAAAUGUGGUCAAGCAAUGACGGAAAAAGACUUGCAUGAGCAUGAAAAGUUUUGUGUAAAGUCUGAAACAAAAUGCAAGCUUUGUAAAAAGACGAUGCUUCGUGAAGAAGAGCCUUUUCACUUGGACGCUUGUUUACUGGCGGACGUCUCUUGUCCAAAUAUAGGCUGUGGUUUAACCAUGAAAAGAUACAAAAUUUUACAACACAAGUCAAUGUGCUUACAUGCAAAUAUCAGUUGUGCAAAUUCUGGAAGGGGAUGUAGAACAAGAGACAAACGAAUUAAUAUACAAAUUCAUAUAGCAUCAUGCCCUUUUCGAAUGUCACAGUGUGAGUUUUGUGGGAGAAAAUUUCCUUUCAAAAAACUUAAUUCCCACAUAAAAAGAUGUCAGACGAUGAAGAUAUGUCCAUUAUGCGGAUUGAUGGUUCCAAGAUCAACAUGGGGGACACAUGAGCGCGCUUGUCCAAGGAAGAAUUGGCAAUCAUAUUGUGACGUGUGUCAUAAAUUGGUGAGAAAUGACAAAAAGGAAGACCACAAAGAGUUAUGCAUGGAACAUGCUCACAUUUCUCAACAAUACGCAUCCGCAACAUGCGGAUCUGACAGUUUAAUUGUCGCUGCAGGAUCUACACAUUUCAAUACGCAUGUUACCUUAGAAACCAGAAACCAGAUCGACAGUGAGACGAUAUUGUACAAACGUCAUUCUAAUGUAAAACGAACAGAUUCAGAUAAACGGUAUUCCAGACAUAAAAGUGACAGCUCAGAUGAUGGCGGACCAGAGAGUAUGGAAGCAUACGUAGCAGCCAUUAUGAGCAUGCGCGAUAUCCCAGUUAACGCAAAUGGACACAAGGAAGACUUCGAAAGCUCCGAACUUAUUGGAGGGAGUCAUUGUGCAAAGUCAAGGAAAACUUUUACCAGCAUUUUGUCAGCAGCAAGUUCUUACAGCAUGAAAGAUUUGGAAAUACACAAAGCCUUUGAUUCAGACUUCAAACAUUUCCAUCGUCAGAGGGACUCUUAUUCGUGACGAAUAACAGUCAGUAUUAAGAGAAAAUAACUAUGUGACGAAAUUAAAGUAUUGGAUCAUCUUAUGAACGAGUUAUAUUCAGUUUCCUGGCUAUGAUGGCAAUUAAAAUGAAAAAAUGGUGAUUAAUAAAAAAGAGAUGCUUUUUA